AUGACUAAGAAGGACCAGCAAGCAUCCUCUUUGAAGUCAAAGUCGAGCAGCAAUAGCGCCGGUGGGCUGGGUGGUGGGAUUAGCGCUGGUAUCAGGGCUGUCAACGAUUCGAUAACUGCGCCUCUGUCCAAAUCGGUGUCGCCCAAGAAUAAGGCCAAGAAGAAGAAGCUGGUAGGCAGUCUCAAGGGUAACGAUGAUGACGACGACUUUCCGUUCUUUCUGCCUCCGAGCAGCUCCAUGUUGCAGCAGAGAGCCAACCCGCCAAACCACUCGCACCCGCCAACAUCCCCUAAAAUGACUGAUCCGGUCAAAUUGAUGGCACAGCGUUCGGUUGGGCCUUCACUCACGGUAUCGGUAUCGCCCAAAGAACCAGCCAGGUCCGCACCGUCUUCACGCACACCAUCGGCGUCACCCCCUACGCUAAACCUACAAACUCCAGUCUCGGCGCAGCUUAGACGGCGAGAAAUAUCACCCUCGUCCCCCGCAACCGACGUGGCUUCUCACCAUUCUCUACGGCCUGGUGGUCCUCGGCGCUCGUCUUCGCAGGACGGCAACUUCUUCAGCAAGGUCAAAAAGGGGAAAGAGCACGUUCAGGCGGGCGGACUUAUGGCGGCGAGUUUCCUCGACAAGGUGUCGCAUGUGGCGUGGGAUAAGCUCAAGAGCCCUCGGUUGAACCACCCCAGGCACGGAGGCGGACGGUCUUCGUCCCCACAGCACGGCCGCGGAGACAGAUACGAUCAGUAUCGGGACACCAGUCUCGACGUCGAGGUGUUUGGCAUGGAUCUCAGGGAGGCGGUGGUCAAGACGAGGAUCGUUAGAGAGCGCAAGAUGGAAGGCGAUGCGACUUUCUGGAUACCCGCAAUCGCCUACCGGUGUCUGCAGUACCUUAAUGUCUACGGCCCCCAUGAAGUCGGCAUAUAUCGGAUACCGGGAAGCACCGCCGUUGUUGACGAGCUGAGGGCAGAAUUCAAGAUAAAGCACGAUGUUGAUCUGUUUGAGAACCCACCGGACGACCUUCAUACCGUGUCGUCCCUGCUGAAGGGAUGGUUCCGCUCCUUGCCAGACGCAAUUCUUCCAAUAGACGUUCAGAAACGGAUAUAUGAAAAGUGCAAGGACCAGACAGAGUCUCUAAAACCCCCGCAAGCCUUCGUCGACGAGCUGUCCAACUUGCCGCCCUAUAACUAUUACCUGCUCAAUCACUUGUUCUCACACUUGAGCACGGUAUGCAUGGAGUCGGACGUCAACAAGAUGAACCUGUCCAACCUGGGCAUGGUGUUCUGCUCGACACUCCGGAUCGAUCGCUUCUGUUUCAAUUGGUUGGUCAACAACUGGGCGGAUUGCUGGGCCGGUUGCUUGACUGAAGAGACGGAGUAUCAACGAUCGAUGCCACUACGGUUCCCCUCGAAUUCAUCGUCCUCGCAUCAGCAGCACUCGGCACAAACACCAUCUCAUCAGCAGCACCCGUCACAAACAUCAUCUCAUCAGCAGCAACCGCGGACACCACCCUAUCAGCAGCCACAACAGAUACCGGCCUACCAACAGCCACCACAAACGACGUCUCACGAACAGUCACCUAUGCUGAAACUAGACGAUCCGAGGAUGCCAGAGGCUCUGCCGAAACGGAUCGUUCGCAAGAUGCCUGGCCCACAGUUCUAA